AUGAUCACUAAAUACUUCUCGAAGGUCGUCGUAAAAUUCAAUCCAUUUUCUAAAGAAGCCAAAACAGCUAGACUCUUGCUCAGUUCGAUUCCACCAGCUCAGAGACAGCUAGGUACUCAGAUACAAAAUGAAGUUCUAACUAAUGCCUCCAACAAAGCACCUGUGAUUAAGGUAACAUUUAAGGACAAGAAAACUAUGGAGGUAGAUCCAACAAAAUACACCUUCCAAGAAUUAGCAAAUUAUUUUGAUACGCAUUCCAGACAGUUAAGUUUGAAAGAAACCAUCGAAAAUAGUUAG